AUGCAAGUCAACUCGCUUGUUGAUACUGUCCACGAUGUGCAAGAUCUACUCUGGGUCGACAAGGUGGCCGGGGCGCUCCAAACAGGCCGUCUCUGCCCGUGGGUGUCGACAUUCCACCCCGACAAGCUUCCCUGCCAAGUCGACGGCAGCUUUUAUAACGGUGCAUACAAUGCCGGCCUGAAGGUGGUCUUUAGUGACGGCACUGCCUGGAUGGUUCGUUUCCCUCGUGGGGGGAUGGUCUCUACAGAGCACGCCGACGAGAAGGUUGCCAUGGAGGUGACAGCUCUGACUCUCAUUCGCGACAAGACGACCAUUCCCGUUCCAAAAGUUCAGGCAUGGGGUCUCGCUGCAAGCAACCUACUUGGCCUAGGUCCCUUCAUCAUGAUGGACUUUAUUGAAGGCGUGUCUCUCAGCAAAAUUCUCAACGAUCCCACCGCCGAAAAGCCCACCAGACUCAUGAGAGAAGACAUCAGUGACAAAGACAUUAUUUUGACCGGAUUGGCAGUCUGCCAUGGCCGGGGGGCUGAGGCUCAGAGCCCUGUACGUCCGCUAACGUACAAGGCGCAUAAUAUCCUCCAUGUGGGAGGGGUUGAUACCUUUGGUGACCGAAGUCAAGGCUUCGCAACAACCACGGAGUAUUUCCAACAUGUUUUUGGGCAAGACUGGAAGCAGCUUGUUCAACAGCCGAACUCGGUUUUUGGUUUAUACGAUGGUAAGAACAAUUAUAAAGAGUUCAAGAGGCUACAAGUCUUGAUACCUGAUUUGGUCAAUGCAAAGUAUAACAGCUGCAAGUUUAAGCUGAUUUGCGAUGAUCUCGGCUUGGCGAAUCUGAUUGUUCGAAGCGAAGAAGAUCUCACUGUUGUUGGAGUAGUAGAUCUUGAAUGGUCAUAUAUUGGACCUGCCCAGUUAUUUGGCUCACCGUGGUGGCUUCUCCAGGACAGACCCAUCAACCCUGAGUGGGAUUGCCAUCUAGGAGAUGAUCCCCCAAAGAUGGCCCCUAGGUACUUCAAGUACCUUGAGAUUUUUCUGCGUAUCUUGGAGGAGGAAGAGGCCAAGAUGCCCGGGAACGAAGAGAGGGAACUUUCCAGCCUCAUAAAGUGGUCCCAAGAUUCCGGGGCCAUGUGGUUACACAUGAUCCUCUCAAACGGCUUCAAUGACCAUCGAACUUUCCCUUUUACGCAUCUGCGUCAACAUUUUGGGGAUGACGCGUGGGUAAAGCGUACGGUAGAUUUUUCAAACUCAGAAGAGCCCGAGGCAUUCGCGGUGCAGAAGUUGAGCGAGCUGGAUAAGCACGACAAAGCUGUGGACAAGCUGGAGGCGGACAAGGCGCUUGUGGACAGUGGAGAUAUGAAGAAGGAGGACUUUAUAGCCAGGUAUCUGGUAGAUUCCGACCUCACUUCCCUCUGUUCACCCUUUGCAGUCAAGACUGAGAUAAAAAAUGACGAGGUGCUGUCCGAAGAGGUGGCUGUCUAA